AUGGCAUUUCGCAGUCCAGUUGAUGAGCCUUGCGAAGUUGAAUCUGGGCGUGGAGGCCGGAGAGUUUAUCUUCAUCUUCGAACGAUUUUCAAGAGACUGCUCCAGAACAAGAUUCUAGUACCCAAAUUGAAUCAACUGAACUCAAAUCCUCAUGUGGAAGUCGAACAGUGGGACAUUUCCAGUGAUGAAAAUGAAGAGCAAAAAGAAACUGAAAAUCAAAGCAGUAACGAUCUUUCGAAAUGGAACUCUCUGUCAGAUGAAGACAGGACUUAUUGGAUUGACAAAGGUCCUUCUGCUUGUCAGCACUGGAAUGACAAUUUUGCAAAAUCAAACCGCAUCUUCAAAAAUCAAAACAGAUAUUGUUCUAAAGGCAUCUUCCAAGGAAUAAAAGCCAAUGGAGAAAAAAAAUCAAUAGAGAAUGGCUGGUAUAUUCUCACUCAACAGAUACAAGCUGAGAAAGAGUAUUGGAAGCAAGUACUUCACAGAUGUGUAGAAGUGAUCAAAACAUUAAGUGAACGUGGAUUGGCUUUUAGAGGAGACAGUGAAAUCAUAGGAUCCCCCAACAAUGGGAACUACUUGGGAUUCCUUAGUGUAGAUUCUACCCCAGAUCUUUCUCAUGUGGACCAGUUGACCAUAAUUUUGAGAUAUGUGUCACCUCAAACAGGAAUUCCAGUUGAAAGAUUUAUAACAUUCUUAAAAUUGGAAGAGCACACUUGUCUUUUUAUGGCUAAUUUGGUUGUUGAUUAUUUAGUGAAUGAAUGUGGCAUUGACUUCUCAAAAUGUAGGGGACAAUCAUACGACAACGCCGCUAACAUGAGCGGCAAAUACAAUGGCAUGCAAACUCACAUCUUAAAGCAAAACAAAUAUGCAAUUUUAGUUCCAUGUGCCGGUCAUUCGCUCAAUCUGAUAGGCCGAGCUGCAGCAGAUUGUCUUGAAGCGAACUUGGAGUUUCAGUUCCUAAAACGUCAGAAACUCGGUUGGAGUCCCAUGCAACCGCGGUCUCUGCAGUUAAAGAAAACGUUGAGUCAAUUGAAGUGGCCCUUGCUCAAUUGGAGUCAAAUGAACGAAAAGGGUGACACCCGUUUACAAGCUAAAAACAUUUCAGACAAAAUGUCUGAGCUAGAAUUCCAAAUUAUGCUCGAAUUAUGGAACUGCAUUUUAUCAGAAUUUCGCAAAGUGAGCAAAUAUUUGCAGGACCCUGAGAUUUCUUUGGCAACCUUUGCCACUCUUUAUUCUUCUCUGUCAGCAUUUAUUAAUAGUUUAAAACAAGGUUUUGGAAAUAUUGAAAAUAAAGCAAAAAAUCAUGUUCUCAAUGUUGACUACAGAAGUACAUCUAAAAGGGCAAGAAAAAGAAAAAGACAUUUUGAUGAACUUUCUGAUCCUGCAGAGCCAGAAGAGCAACUUUCUCCACAAGUCUUUCAAUCCCAUCUUGGAAGCAUUGGAAUCAAAUCUUUCACACAGAGCAGAGGUGUGCAUAUUUAUUGA